AUGUGGCAGGAUCGAAUCCCCGACACUGAUGUGCUGGAUCGGACGGGAUUUCUCAGCAUCUACGCCAUACUGAGGCAAAUUCAGCUGCGCUGGAGCGGCCACCCGGUGCGCAUGGAUGACGAGCGACUACCCAAACGACUCUUCUACGGAGACGUCGCGAGGGGUUCUCGCCGUCAAGGGGGCCAGAUUCGCCGUUACAAGGACACUCUGAAGUCCUCCCUGAAAUGCGUGAAAAUCAACCCCACCAACUGGGAGGAACUCGCACUCGAUCGAUCGACCUGGAGGAGGACAGUGAAGACAGGCGCUGCGAUCUACGAAGCCAACCGUGUCGCUGCCGCCAAAGCGAAACGUGAAGUCGGCAAAUCACAACAUUGCGCAGUACGCAACACCACCGCACAACCGCUUCCAACGUGUCCUCGAUGUCAACGAACAUUCCGGGCUCGAAUCGGACUUGAUGGACAUCUGCGGAUUAACUACGCCUCUCGAACGGCACCAAACAUCGUCCCCCCGUCUGCCUCUUCCUCCUUCUCUCCGCCGUCACCUAACCCUGUCAAUUCUUCUGACCCACCACUUCCAUCAUCCUCCUCCUUCUCCUCCUCCUCGCCCACUGCUCCAUCGGCGGCCGCUCAGGCGACUGUCCCGAGCACAGCAACCGACACUACCACCACCUCCCCCGACUCCAGCGAUGAGGAUCAGGACUACACCUGCGCUCACUGCGACCGUACCUUAACCUCACACAGCGGCAUGGUCGGUCACUUGCGAAUCCAUCGCACAGAGAAUGGCGAACCAGUGCCUGGAGCACCCACCUAUACCCACCAAGCUCGUCUCAGCUGCCCACACUGUCCUCGCACUUUCAGGCAUCGCAUGAGCCUCUUCGGCCACAUGCGCAUCCAAGACGACCUGCGGUGGACAACCGCCGGCCACACCACACAUUCACUCACUCCCUACCUCCUCCUCCACCACCACCAUCACCCUACCAGAAAUCAACACUCGCGCACCUCCCACGCAAGUGGGAAGUCCGCAUUUCGACUCGGUCCCCAUGCGGCUUUGGCUGCACGGGUGACUUGA